AGGAGCGAACUAAAGGCACGCUGGGAACGAAAUGAACGGGAGGUCGGGCUGCAAGGGGAGGGGGCUCGCGAUCUAAAACGAGAAGAGAUCUCGGGGUCUCAUACUGCGCCAUUCGGCUGCGGCACACCUCGGCACUCCGUAGCUGCAGCCGGGAGAGGCCUUGCAGCUACCGCUGUCGCCCAGGCGUCCACUGCCGCUGCCACCUCAGCGCCGGCCUCUGCAUCCUCAGCUCCAGCUCCGCUCUGCGCCGCUGCUGCCAUCGCCGCUGCCAUCGCCGCUGCCACCUCCGCAGCCCGGGCCACCGCCGCCGCCACCCAAGCAUCCGUGAGUCAUUUUCUGCCCAUCUCUGGGCGCGCGGUCUUCGCGGUAGAGUUUUGCAGGCUUGCAAAAUGGCAGAAGCAGAUUUUAAAGAGGUCUCGGAACCUGUCGCCCAAAGUGUUGCCGAAGAGGAGAUGGCUAGCUCGGCUAGUGAUUCUGGGGAAGAAUCUGACAGCAGUAGCUCUAGCAGCAGCACUAGUAGCAGCAGUAGCAGCAGCAGCAGCAGCAGCAGCAGCAGUAGCAGCAGCAGCAGCAGCAGCGACAGUAGCAGCACUAGCAGCGGCAGCGGCUUAAAUAGAAAGAAGAGGGUACCUGAGCCUUCCAGAAGGGCGCGGCGGGCUCCGUGGAGAACAGAUUUCGUGAUUAAGCUGCCUCAGGCUGUUAGAAAUCGUGUGCAGGCGCUUAGAAACAUUCAAGAUGAAUGUGACAAGGUAGACACGAUGUUCUUAAAAGCGAUUCAUGAUCUUGAAAGAAAAUAUGCUGAACUCAACAAGCCUCUGUAUGAUAGGCGGUUUCAAAUCAUCAAUGCAGAAUACGAGCCUACAGAAGAAGAAUGUGAAUGGAAUUCAGAGGAUGAGGAGUUCAGCAGUGAUGAGGAGGUGCAGGAUGACACCCCUAGUGAAAUGCCUCCCUUAGAGGGUGAGGAAGAAGAAAACCCUAAAGAAAACCCGGAGGUGAAGGCUGAAGAGAAGGAAGUUCCUAAAGAAAUUCCUGAGGUAAAGGAUGAGGAAAAGGAAGUUCCUAAAGAAAUUCCUGAGGUAAAGGAUGAAGAAAAGGAAGCUCCUAAAGAAACUCCUGAGGUAAAGGAUGAAGGAAAGGAAGUUCCUAAAGAAAUUGUUGAGGUAAAGGCUGAAGAAAAUGCAGACUCUGAAGACGGUAUGGAGGCAAUCCCUGAAGUAAAAGAAGAUCCUAAAGAAGCCCCCCAGGCAAAGGCAGAAUAUAAAGAACAGCCUAAAGCAACAGAGGCUAAGCCAAGGGCUGGAGUAAGAGAGGCUCAGAAAAGAGUUCCUGAGGAAAGGCUUCCGGAAAGACUAAGUCUUAAAAGAGCUAGGAGGGGAAAGCCUAAAAGAGAAGACCCUAAAGGCAUUCCUGACUAUUGGCUGAUUGUUUUAAAGAAUGUUGACAAGCUGGGACCUAUGAUUCAGAAGUAUGAUGAGCCGAUUCUGAAGUUCUUGUCGGAUGUUAACCUGAAGUUCUCAAAACCUGGCCAGCCUGUAAGUUACACCUUUGAAUUUCAUUUUCUACCCAAUCCAUAUUUCAGAAAUGAGGUGCUGGUGAAGACAUAUAUAAUAAAGUCUAAACCAGAUCACCAUGAUCCCUUCUUUUCUUGGGGAUGGGAAAUUGAAGAUUGCAAAGGCUGCAAGAUAGACUGGAGAAGAGGAAAAGAUGUUACUGUGAAAACUAUCCAGCGUCGCACAGCUGCUACUGGAGAAAUCCAGCCAAGAGUGGUUCCUAAUUCAUCAUUCUUCAAUUUCUUUAGUCCUCCUGAGAUUCCUGUGAUUGGAAAGCUGGAACCACAAGAAGAUGCUAUCCUUGAUGAGGACUUUGAAAUUGGGCAGAUUUUACAUGAUAAUGUCAUCCUGAAAUCAAUCUAUUACUAUACUGGAGAAGUCAAUGAAUACGGCUCCUACUAUCGAGUUGGCAAAGAUUACGGAAACAGGAAGUAUAGAAAAUAAAAAGGUCAAUCUCAAAGAUUUUUCAAGAAUCUUAAAAAUUCAAGAAGUGAAGCAGAUUCAUACAGUCUUGAAAAAAGUAAAACCCUAACCUGUAACCUGAAUACUAUUAUUUCUUAUAGUCAUGUUUUUGUAGUUUCCUGGUAGUCUGUAUUUGAAAAAUUGUCCUAAAAAGUGUCUUAAGUGCCAGUUUAUGCUAUCUAGACUGUGGUAGUAUAAUAUUCUUCAAAAUAUGUAAGCUGUUGUCAGUUUUCUAAAGCAUGUUAGUUUGGUGCUACAGAGUAUUGACUUUUGUGAUGUCCUUUGGUCGUGUUCCUGUUAGACUAUAGCUGUGAAACUGUCAGAAUUGUUAACUGAAACAAAUAUUUGCUUGAAAAAAAAAAGUUUAUGAAGUACCAGUGCAAGUGUUUUAUUUUUUUCUUUUUUCCAGCCCAGAAGACUAAAGUUUAAAUCUGCUUGCACUAGCUGUGCCUUCAUUACUUUGCUAUAUAAAUACAGUACUUAUGCUAACUAAAACAGUGUAUUUUGAAGUUUGACUGCUUGAAAAAGAUUAGCAUACAUUUAAGAAUGUCAAGACCACAUUUGAUUCAAUUGAGCGCUUCUGUAUUUGACAUAUAGUGGCCUAUAAAUUUAAUCAUAAUGAUGUUAUUGUUUACCACUGAGGUGUUAAUAUGAUGUAGUAUUUAUAAAAUGUUCAUUCACCUUAUAUUGUGUAAUUGUAAACUAAAGAUACGAUGUUUUCUUUGUAUUGUGUUCUUUCACUGAAAAUAAUCACUUCAUUUGAUACUGUUUUUCAUGUUCUUUUAUUGCAACCUAAAAUAAAUAAAUAUUAAAGUGUGUUAUGCUAU